AUGUCUAAAAUAGUUCCCACAAAACCACCAUUGGAUACACUUUGUACACUUAUUCCCCCACUUUCUGCGAAAUUUUACAAAGGCCAAUUAGGUCGAGUUGGCGUCAUUGGUGGCUCGGAGGAAUAUACUGGAGCUCCUUAUUUCAGUGCAAUUUCCGCGUUAAAACUUGGUGCUGACUUGGCUCAUGUCAUUUGCCAACCUACUGCAGCUAUAGUGAUUAAGAGCUAUUCGCCAGUUCAUCCUUACAUGCGUAGAUCAGAAAAAAAUCCAGAUUUAAGUGCUGAUGAAAUCAUAAAUAAUGUUGAGGAAUUAUUUCCACGUCUACAUGUGUUAGUGGUGGGACCUGGAUUAUCAAGAGACCUGAUGAUGCUGAAUUGUGCUCAAGGAAUUAUACAAAAGGCUAAAGAAAAAAUGAUGCCAAUUAUAAUUGAUGCUGAUGGAUUAUUCCUUGUUCAAAACAAUCCCAAUGUUAUUAAGGAUUAUCCUAAAGCUAUAUUAACGCCAAAUCUGAAUGAAUUUAAACGGCUUUGUGAAACUAUGAAUGUUAGCUCUGAAAAUAAUAGUUUGGAAGAGAUGACCCAACAAUUAAGCAAAGCAUUUGGAGGAGUGAUCAUUGUAAAUAAGGGAAAAACUGAUUUUAUUUCAAAUGGAAAUGUUGUAUUCUUUGUUGAUAAUGAGGGAGGUCUUAAAAGGUGUGGUGGUCAAGGUGAUGUUCUUACAGGUCUUAUAGCUACUUUUUUGGACUGGGGUUUAGCAUAUCAAAAUAAAAUCUGGCAACACGAUAACAAGAUAUCACCCGAUGAUAUUAUUAUGUUAGCCAGUUUUGCUGGAUGUGUCAUUACCCGAGAAUGCUCGCGUAUUGCAUUUGGAAAAUUAGGUCGUUCUGUACAAACAUCAGAUAUUAUUUCUGAAAUUGCAUAUUCUUUUAACAACUUUUUAGAAGGUAAAUGUACACAAAGACCAUCAAUUUAA